AUGUUCAGACUCAAGUCACCUCCACUCCUUCUCUACCCAAGGACAACCUCGACAACCAAUACCAUGUGUGGCAGCUACUACGGAAACUACUAUGGCGGCCGCGGCUAUGGAUGCUGUGGCUAUGGUGGCCGUGGCUACGGAGGCUGGGGGUAUGGCGGCCUGGGCUAUGGCUAUGGAGGCCUGGGUUAUGGCUAUGGUGGCCUGGGCUGUGGCUAUGGAGGCCUAGGAUGUGGCUAUGGCUGUGGCUAUGGAUAUGGCUCCCGCUCUCUCUGUGGCUGUGGCUAUGGAUGUGGCUCUGGAUAUGGAUCUGGUUUUGGAUACUAUUGA